AUGAAUAAUAUACUGAGGAUAGCCCCCAAAUUGCAACCGGUCAAACAAUCAAUCAUAGUACUACACGGUCUAGGUGACACGGCGGAUGGUUGGAGAUUCCUAGCUCAGGAAUUAACAAGUGACAAAAGAUUCCAUCAUACGCAAUUUAUCUUACCCAAUGCUCCCAACAUCCCUGUCUACGCUAAUGGGAACGCUACUAUGCCUGCUUGGUUUAACAUCCAUGAAUGGAAUUUAACUUCUAAGAAUGUGGAUGUGGAUGGAAUCAUGCAAUCUGUGGAUUUGGUGACCCGCAUCGUUAAGGAAGAGAUAGAUAAUGGAGUUAAACCUGAAGAUAUAGCAAUUGGUGGGUUUUCUCAAGGCGCUGCUAUAUCGUUGGCUUCUGUUGCGUUGUUACCUUACAAGAUCGGUGCAUUUUUUGUGUUCUCUGGGUUUUGUCAAAUUGAACAGAAACUGAUUCACGAUGGCAGAGAGUUGAAUUUAGAGACUCCCGUGUUUCAUGGUCAUGGUGGAUUGGAUAAUGUGGUCCCAGAAUAUUGUGGUGAACUUGCUAGGGGGUUGUUUAAGGAUAAAUUGAAAUAUAAGAAUUAUAAUUAUCAUACUUAUAGGUCAAUGGAACACUCUGUUUGUCCAGAAGAGCUUGUUGAUUUCAGAGAGUUCAUUGUGAAAGCUUUGAAAUUAUAA